AUGUACGGAAACGCUUCCGAAGAACGUGUGGGACUAGAAAACUUUGUAUUAAACUUAAAUAAAGUGGCUCAUUUAAACGAAGUAACUGAAGAUAGGAAUACUCUUUAUAUUAUUAAUCAGUAUGCUGACUUAGAUUCGAAAGAGGUAAGCCAGCAUUAUGCAAUCAACGUCAAACCAUAUUUCAAAGUAUCAAAUAAAAAUGACGCUGAGUAUCUUGGACGAGCUAGAAACAAAGAAAUUAAGAAAUCUGAAUUGUAUGAUUUAGAUCAAGCAGAAGAACUGUACAAGGAUUAUAUGAAAAAGUACAACAAGAAAAACGCUACAAAAAAGUUCGAUCGUCAACUUAAAUAUUAUAGGUUUAUAAAAACGCUAGUCGAGUUAAAUAAUAAUUAUUUAAAAGGUAACAGCGAUGUUGCACUUGAUGACAAAGCCGACGUUUUAAAAGAACCGAACGAAUAUUUCUGGCCGAAUUAA